AUGGCGGCCUUGGGGCCCGGAGGCUACGCGCGGAACGAUGCAGUCGAGAAGCUGCCAUCCGUGGCGGUCGGAGUUCCGACGAGGAGGGGCCAGUGCUCUCCACCCCCAGCUCCGCCGCUCUGUCUCCGGCGGCGGACACGACUCUCGGCGGCGCCGGAGGACACGGUGCAGAGUCGGGUGUCACUUGAGAAGGUACUUGGCAUCACAGCCCAGAACAGCAGUGGCCUAACCUGUGAUCCCAGCACCGGCCACGUGGCCUACCUAGCAGGCUGUGUGGUGGUGAUUUUGAAUCCCAAGGAGAACAAGCAGCAACACAUUUUUAACACUGCCAGGAAGUCUCUGAGUGCUCUGGCCUUCUCCCCUGAUGGGAAGUACAUAGUGACGGGGGAGAACGGGCACAGGCCUGCUGUGCGCAUCUGGGACGUGGAUGAGAAGAGUCAGGUGGCAGAGAUGCUGGGCCACAAGUACGGCGUGGCCUGUGUGGCCUUCUCCCCCAAUAUGAAGCACAUUGUGUCCAUGGGCUACCAGCACGACAUGGUACUCAACGUCUGGGACUGGAAGAAGGACAUUGUGGUGGCUUCCAACAAGGUAUCAUGCAGGGUCAUCGCCCUCUCCUUCUCGGAGGACAGCAGCUAUUUUGUCACUGUAGGGAACCGGCAUGUGAGGUUCUGGUUCUUGGAAGUCUCCACAGAAGCAAAGGUGACAGGCACUGUGCCCCUCGUGGGGCGCUCAGGGAUCCUGGGUGAGCUGCACAACAACAUCUUCUGUGGCGUGGCUUGUGGCCGGGGCCGGAUGGCAGGGAGUACCUUCUGUGUGUCCUACUCGGGCCUCCUUUGCCAGUUCAACGAGAAGAGGGUGCUGGAGAAGUGGAUCAACCUGAAGGUCUCCUUAUCCUCCUGCCUCUGUGUCAGCCAGGAGCUCAUCUUCUGCGGCUGCACGGAUGGGAUCGUCCGCAUCUUCCAGGCCCACAACCUGCAAUAUGUCACGAACCUGCCCAAACCACAUUACCUGGGGGUGGACGUGGCUCAGGGCCUGGAGCCCAGCUUCCUCUUCCGCAGGAAGGCAGAAGCAGUCUACCCAGAUACAGUGGCACUGACCUUCGACCCCAUCCAUCAGUGGCUGUCUUGCGUGUAUAAGGACCACAGCAUCUACAUCUGGGAUGUCAAAGACAUCAACAAAGUAGGAAAGAUGUGGUCAGAGCUCUUCCACAGCUCCUACGUCUGGAACGUGGAGGUGUAUCCCGAGUUUGAAGACCAGAGAGCUUGUCUGCCAUCAGGAUCUUUUCUUACUUGUUCCUCAGACAACACCAUCCGCUUUUGGAACAUGGAUAGCAGCCCUGACUCUCACUGGCAGAAAAACAUCUUCAGUAACACCCUGCUGAAGGUAGUAUACGUAGAGAAUGACAUCCAGCACCUGCAGGACAUGUCCCACUUCCCUGACCGGGGUAGUGAGAACGCGACACCUGUGGACGUGAAGGCUGGCGUGCGAGUCAUGCAGGUCAGUCCUGAUGGCCAGCACUUGGCUUCAGGCGACCGAAGUGGAAAUCUGAGGAUCCACGAGCUGCACUUCAUGGAUGAGCUGGUCAAGGUGGAGGCCCAUGAUGCCGAGGUGCUGUGCCUGGAGUACUCCAAGCCCGAGACCGGGCUGACCUUGCUGGCCUCGGCCAGUCGGGACCGACUGAUCCACGUGCUGAACGUGGAGAAGAACUACAACCUGGAGCAGACCCUGGACGACCACUCCUCCUCCAUCACGGCCAUCAAGUUUGCUGGCAAUAGAGACAUCCAGAUGAUCAGCUGUGGGGCUGACAAGAGCAUCUACUUUCGCAGUGCCCAGCAGACCUCGGACGGACUACACUUUGUCCGCACCCACCACGUGGCAGAGAAGACCACCUUGUAUGACAUGGACAUUGACAUCACCCAAAAGUAUGUGGCUGUGGCCUGCCAGGACCGCAAUGUGAGAGUCUACAAUACCGUGAAUGGGAAGCAGAAGAAGUGCUACAAGGGCUCACAGGGUGACGAAGGGUCCCUGCUCAAGGUCCACGUGGACCCCUCAGGCACCUUCCUGGCCACCAGCUGCUCCGACAAAAGCAUCUCGGUGAUUGACUUUUACUCGGGCGAGUGCGUUGCCAAGAUGUUUGGUCACUCAGAAAUCGUUACCGGCAUGAAGUUCACCUACGACUGUCGUCAUUUGAUCACAGUAUCCGGAGACAGCUGCGUGUUCAUCUGGCACCUGGGCCCAGAGAUUACGAACUGCAUGAAGCAGCACUUGCUAGAGAUCGACCACCGGGAGCAGCAGCAGCAGCAGCAGCAAAUGAAGGACGGGAAGUGGAGCAGCCAGCCCAGGCAGGAGACCUAUACAUCUGUGCCCAGUGAGAUUUGCUCCUUAAGCCCUGGAGAGCAGACAGAGGAUGAGCUGGAAGAAGAGUGUGAACCGGAAGAGUUGCUGAAGACACCUUCCAAAGAGAGCUUGGACCCAGAUCCUCGGUGUCUGCUGACCAACGGCAAACUGCCCCUCUGGGCAAAGCGGCUGCUAGGCGACGAUGACGUGGCAGAUGGCUCAGCCUUCCAUGCCAAGCGCAGCUACCAGCCGCAUGGCCGCUGGGCGGAGCGGGCUGACCAGGAGCCCCUCAAGACGAUCCUGGAUGCCCGGGACCUGGAUUGCUACUUCACCCCCAUGAAGCCUGAGAGCCUGGAGGACUCGAUUCUGGAUACGGUGGAGCCCCAGAGCCUGGCGGCCAUACUGAGUGAGUCAGAGAGUCCCCAGGAAGUUGGCUGUGGGCAUCCCUCCUUCCUGCCCCUACAGAGGGAGUCCUCCGAGGACAGCGAGCUCAUCAUUUACUCCCUGGAGGCGGAGGUGACGGUCACAGGGGCAGACAGUGAAUACAGCACAAAGGACAUCAAGGGGGAGCCCAGAGACCAGCAAGGUGACUCCUACCUCAGAAUCUCCUCCAUCAGCCCAAAGGAUCAGAGCCCACCUGAGGACUCGGGAGAAUCCGAGGCCGACUUGGAGUGCAGCUUCACCACCAUCCAGUCCCCCCCUCCACAGCCAGCCCUGGACCCUCGGUUUGACAUGAUGAUGCCCCCCACGGCGGGAUGCCCAGGUACCGCAGAAGAGUUAUCCCAGCCCGAGGUGCCAGGCAUACCCAACGGCUCCCUGCCCCAGACCCCUGAGCAGGAGAAGUUCCUGCGCCACCACUUCGAGACGCUCACCGACGCUCACCCCGAGGGUAGGGCCCUGCCUGGGCAGGCCAUCCAAGACUUGGAGGCCUCGGAGACCGAGGACUUCUUCAAUCCCCGGCUGAGCAUCUCGGCCCAGUUCCUUUCACGCCUCCAGAAGACAUCCAGGUUCACCCACAGCUUCCCUCCCCAGCUGCCCUUGCACCUGGUAAAGUCUCCAGAGGUCAAGUUCACGGAGCUGGGGGGCAGCCAGUCCAGAGCAGAGCCUCUGAGAGCAGGCACUGGCUACACCUCCCCAGGCAGGACCAACGUCCUCACUGGGAAAAAGGCUGAGGAGCCCCUUGAGACCCUGGAGGCCUGGCGCCCACCACCCCCCUGCCUCCCAGGCCGGGCGCCCUGUGCCCUCUCCUCCUCAGCGCUGCCCACUGACGGGAAGCCUUCGACGCCCACAGUGCUACCCACUCCAGGCCUGGCUCAGGGUGUCCACGGCCCCUCCACCCACCCCUACAUGGAGGCCACAGCCAGCUCCCGUGCCAAGAUGUCACGCAGCAUCUCCCUCGACAGUGAGGGCCCUGUCCUGGCUGAGCUGGCCAGGCCCCUCCACAGGCCCUCCUCCAUGGGGGACCUGGCGUCCUUGGGCCAGGAGCUCCAGGCCAUCCCCACCAUGGCAGCACCCAGUUCUAACAGCGAGAGCCGAGAACCUGCCUUGUCAUCCUGGGGCAACCACGAGGCCCGGGCCAGCCUGAGGCUGACCCUGUCAAGCAUCUGUGACAAGCUCUUGCUGCCCUCUCCCCCUCUGGAAUCUGCGGCCACCCAGCCCAGUGUCACCGUCACAACAGCCACCUUCCCAGUCCCCAGCCCUGUGGACGCAAGCUCCCUGAAGCUCCACAAUUCCACCUUCCUCCCAAGGCUCCUGGUCCCUGGGCCCCUCAACACCCCUGCCCACCCCAAUAGCACCCCACUUCCAGAGGCCAGGCCUGGGGUCCCUGACAGUGUCAACUCCUUCCUGGAGCCCACCUCUCAUGCCCUCAGUCUGGUCCAGGGCAGCCCUGGACACUGGGAGGAGCCUGGGGUGCCGGCCAGGGUCCUGCCCCCAGCUCCCCUUGAACUGAGCAGCGUGAGCACUGUCGUGCACAGACUGCAGACUGCCUUCCAAGAAGCCCUGGACCUUUACCACCUGAUGGUCUCCAGUGACCCUGGGAGCACUGACCAGCAGCGGCAGGCACGGGCCGAGCUGGCCUCUACCUUUCUUUGGAUCCGUAACCAGUUAGAGGCCAGUGACUGGCUGGUUGGGACUGAUGUGGCCCAGGCCCAGCACAGCCCAGGUGCCCCCUCCCCAACGACGCUGUGCCCCCUGGCCAGCCCAGAUUUGCACGCCCUGCUGGAACACUACUCAGAGCUGCUGGUGCAGGCCGUGCGGAGGAAGGCACGGGGAGACUGAGGGCUGGAAGCCCCCUCUCCACGACAGCCCUGCUGCUUCGGAAGAACUAGGUGUCUUAAGCAAAUAAACCGACAGCUUAGAGGAA